AUGUUACGUUUGUUAGGUUUGUUAUUGGUUGGUGUUAGUGCGGAAGCUAUCAGAAGGAAAGAAGUGGGAGAUAUCCUCGCUGGUGCACCCGUCAACAAUAUCACCGUCAGCGCUGAAGGUGUGAACCAAUGUGGUGAUGCUACGAUUAGUUGGACAGGUACUACUCCUCCCGUAACACUCAGUAUUGGAACAGGUGGUUAUUACGUCGGCAUAACACCUGUCAUCACCUUGGAUGAUAUCUCUGAUUCUUCGUACACGUGGAACGUCAACGUUACUCAAGGUACAGACCUCAUCUUUCAAGUGACAGAUUCGAAUGGAGAAGUGGGAUAUAUUCAAAAUAUUUCAGUGGACGAAGGCGAUGAUGAUUCUUGUUUAUCGACUGACGACGUCAAUAUAACUGAAUCAAUCACUUCUUCAUCUUCUUAUUCCGACAUCAUCAUGUCAAGUGACAAGCUCGUCAGAGAAUACGAAGUGUUACUAGUUGGGAGUCAAUCCGAAAAGAUGGGUAUAAAAGAUGAAGACAAAGAACAUGACAAAAUAUUGUAA